CUAACCUCACUGGCCAAGGAUUUCACCGCCACAUGUAGACAGGUGCUUGGGUGCACCCGGGGCAGGGAGAGGGGUUUCGAUUCCCUCUGGCUGUGGGGAAAUGUGAGAGAAAACUCCCCUUCCCGCUUAGCUGGACGGCUUUGUGGGGGAGGGGGAGUCCAGUUCCCGCUCAGCUGAGGACAGCUGGGGGUGGGUGAUGUCCCUCCCUUCCCCGCUAGCUGCACGGUUGGGGGGGGGGUUCCUCUCUCCUUGGCCGAGAACGGUUGGCGCGCGGGCUGCGCGCGAUGCCGCGCUGACUCCCUGCCUCUGGCGGAGCUGCCGCGCUACUCUGCCGGCCGGGGUCACGCCCCGGUUCCCGCGGCGAGGGGAGGCAAGGCCGGGCCGCUCCUGCCGCAGAUGGAGGCCAUAGAGGAGCUGGCGCUGGCGCCCUGCGCUUCCUCUCAGUACCUGCGGCCCUACCGGCUCCGCUACCGGCAGAAUGGCACUAAGAAGUUUUGGGACUUUAUGAGGACACAUGACAGUGUCUCAAUCCUGAUAUUUAAUUCCUCUCGGCAAUGCUUUGUUGUGGUGAAGCAGUUCCGCCCAGCUGUUUACAUGUGUGAAAUGGAACGGCACUGUCCUCAAGACUUUCAAAGUAAAGACCAGGAUAGCUGGUGUCCUCUGUUGGAUCCCUUACCAGCUACAGAAGGCGUGACCUAUGAACUCUGCGCUGGCAUAGUAGACAAGCCAGGACUUUCUUUGGAGGAAAUUGCAUGCAAUGAAGUCUUAGAAGAGUGUGGUUAUGACGUUCCCAUUACAAACCUGAAGAGAAUCACUUCGUACAGGUCCGGAGUUGGCGUGACAGGUUCUAAGCAAACCUUAUUUUAUGCAGAGGUAAUAGAUCAGAUGAAAACUGGAGAAGGUGGAGGCCAGCCUGAAGAGGGAGAGCUGAUUGAAGUUGUAGAAGUACCUUUACAGGACUCAAUGAAAUUUGCUUUUGAUGAGCAUUUCCCUAAGACAAUGGGCAUUAUCUUCAGCUUCAUGUGGUUCCAAAGCAAUGUUGCCCUGAAGCUGCUUGAAAAAUAAAAAUGAGCACCAUGAUUUUCUAACUUGACAAA